AUGCCGCCCGUCCACUGGGACAUCAACUUUCCCCACAUCCGCGACGCUAUCCUGGACUAUGCCCUCGAAGAUCGGGACGACAGCACCAUCCGCGAUCUGCGGUUGACGCAGCGCGCAAUUCACGACUACAUUGACAGCCGCAUAGUCCAGCACAUUGAGUGCUCUGUGCAGUCCUUCAACCUCACAACAGCCAUUGGACAUGUCCGCCUCGCCUUCGAAAGUGAAAAUGUUGCGUCAUUGGUCCGCGUGCUCGACGUGGUCAAAGGCAGCAGCAACGAUGUGAGAGCAUGGCCUGCGGCAUCAUUUCCUAACCUGAAGUACGCAAGGCUUCUCUGUCCUGGACACCGCAUGGUGCUUGACUGGCUGAUCGCGGACUCCUCGAAUGUGAUUCUCAUUAUCCCCAUCGUCACCUCAAGGCCCGAAGCCCCCUACCAGACUCUCAGAAUACACACUGGCCCUUCGGUUACCAGGACGAUCACUCUGCUACCUGCUCCGGAGAACAGGCGGCCGCUUUCGACAGAAGAUAUGGAGGACCUCACCGCCUUGGGCAACCGUGUCGGGAAACAGCCGACUGGACUCCUCCAAUACCGCCGUGGUUUUGUUAGCUGUAUCACGACGGUCGACAUCGUGGACGAUGCCGAUACCGGAGAAGGAUCCGACCAACCGGAGUACAUCAGGGUGGGAGGUGGUUCAGGUUCCUGCUUGCAGCGGAUUAAGAAUUGUGUUGUCGCUGGACAAGCGGACCUGUCACUUGCAAUGGUGAUCGAAGUUGAGCACUACGGCGGUCCCGCCUGGAGAAUUGACCGGCGAUACGUCUCAGUGGUGAAAUGGCGAGAGGAGCUCUCGAACGAGGAGUGGGACUUGAUAGACUCCAUCCCCGAAAGCGUCUGGAGACCUAAUUGA